AUGGAAGAAACACAAGUAAUUAUUGUUGGGGGCGGACCAGCUGGUCUUGCCCUGGGACUGUCACUCGCCCGACUAAAGAUUCGUUCCGUCAUUCUUGAAAAAGAACCAGAGAUCACCACAGAUCCUAGAGGCGUUUUCCUCACAGGGGAUGCCAUCAGAAUACUACACAGUCUCGGGAUCAACGAUCUAGCGGGCAUAGGUCACGAGAUUCCCCAUGUGAACGUUCAUCGCAGCGCAUUUAAUGCCCCGCCAUUCUUCUCAGUCCCAGUUGGGGACAUCAACAGUCUUGAACAAGCUCUGCCUGAAGGCAUUCUGCAAAUGCAGCCGCGUCUAGAGAUGGCAUUGAGAAAGGCUAUUGACCAAUCGCAAUACUGUUCAUUUCGCCCUUCCUGUGAAGUGGUCUCACGGUCUGAACAAGAUCCACCAGUGAUCGACUUCAAGAAUAGCCAAGGGACACGCCAACAAAUCAAAGGAGAAUGGCUCAUCGGUGCCGACGGGAAACUUGGAAUUGUACGAAAGCACUUCCUUGAACCAACUGUAGGCAUCAAGCAGCAAGACGGUCUUUAUCCUUACAGCGGUACAUGGAUAGCCGCCAACCUGAAGAUGAAACUCCCUACCCCAGAGAGUCAUCCUGACUUUCCACUCUGGAAGCUUGGGUAUUCGCCGCAGGAGGUUUAUGAUCUGUUCUGGCCGAUCGGUUGGCACUUUUGUACCCCGCCUGGGAAGGCUACUGCUUCUGGAAGAUUUGGACCUUAUGAGGAAAGGCUCUGGCGUCAUGAGUUUGCUCAAGAUGAGUCACUCAUUAAAGAUAACUCGGAAGAGCUACUCUGGGAGCACAUCACGCCGAUGAUCACUCUUGAGCAAGACAAAAACCGCAAUCAUAGGUUCAGCGGCCCUGUGCAGUAUCCACGAGAUUGUAUCGAAAUCCUGCGAUGUCGACCAUUCCACUUCGUUCACAAGGUUGUUAACUGCUGGUUCAGUGGCCGUACAAUUCUCAUCGGCGACGCAGCCCACGUCUUUCCCCCUUUCGCCGGUCAAGGUAUUGGCAGUGGUGUUAGGGACGCUCACCAACUUGCCUGGAGGUUAGCUUUAAUGCUCCACCCUGACUCCAAGCCCGAAAACCACGACAAGCUACUCAAGUGCUGGGAAUCAGAGCGGCGUCAGAGCAUCAAUGACGCGGCGCAGUUCUCCAUGAUCAAUGGCCGCAUCUGCAACAAUGAACCUUCUUUAUGGCAACGUUUAUUUUUCCGGCUUUUGAUGUUGCUUCACGGCACUUCUGCGUUUCGGUAUGUAGAUUAUAUGCAUUAUAAGGAGAAGAAGGGGUUUUCAAAUGUUGAAAACGGGUUCUUUAUCAAGGGCUGCACAGGUGGCUCCCGUUUGCCUCAGAUACACAUGAGAUCGAAGUGCCAGGCAGAAUCAUUCCUAUCAGAUGGCCUUUUACGAAAGGACAAUACGAUCUUCACUCUAGUGGUAAUGGGCGAUGGAAACCCAGCUAACCAGCUACGCUUGCACGCUGAAGCAACGGCUGCAGUCCAAGAAGCCGGACUCUCAUCAAUUAUCUCAAAGGAUGCUAUUGUAUUUUACGAUGCACAUUGGAGUGGCUCAUCGCAGGGUCAAAAGACACUUUCAGAUACUAAUGGCGGGCUUGGCCAUCCCAUGGUCUGUUCACCUUCGCAGAUUGCUGCAGCUGAUGGGCACAUGGCGAACGGAUAUGACAGUUCGGUCUUUGCUAAGCGUCUUGGGAGGGGUACCAAGUUUGCGAUUAUUCGACCUGACUUCUUUAUCUUUGCUUGUGCUUCUGACUAUUCUGGGCUGGUCGGAUCUCUGAGAUCAUUGAGAAGUCAUGUUGGGUUUGGGGAUAAGAAAUAG